AUGGACGGCAAGAACUAUUCAGCUGUGCCUCCUCCUCCUUCUUUAACCUCUUCUGGUGGUUCAGCUCCUCUCAACUUUAAUGAUGCCUUGUCGAAAGCUAGAGCCAUUGCUGAGAAACUCAAGCAGCAAUCCGCUGGUGGUGCCAGUGCAUCUGCAGAGUCAACUUCGUCGCAAUAUUCACCUCCAUCCUCUUCUUCAGGUUCUAAGCGAGGCUAUAAUGAUGAUGAUCGCAAUGAUGAUUAUCAUGGCUCCUCAUCCAGUCGCUCCUAUGGUGGUGGUGGCUCAUAUGGUGAAAGCCAGCACGACAGCAAAAGAAGUGCCUAUGAUAGUGGUUUCUCUAGACCCUCGUAUGGCAGCAGUGAAUCAAGAAGCAGACAUGGACUUGGAUCCGAUGAACGUAGAUCUUAUGGAGGUGGCGGUGGCCACUCUGAAGACUAUACUGUCCCUAACCAUAUGGUAGGGUUGCUCAUCGGCAAAGGUGGUGAAAAUUUGAAAAAGAUCGAACGCAUGUCUGGUGUCUCCAAGGUUCAAUUUGCUAAUGAUCCUGUUGGUAAUGAAAGAACAGUGACAUUGACUGGACAGCCUGAUCAAACAGCUAUUGCUCGCGACAUGAUUCAACAAAUGGUAGCUGAUGCUCAAGCCAACGAAAGACCUGGUGGAGCCGGUGGCAUGGGUAGUGGUAUGGGCGGUGGAUAUGGAGCACAAGGUGCUAGUGGUGGAAAUACAGUUACUAUGCGCGUCCCUGUAUCCAAGGUUGGACUAGUCAUUGGUCGUGGUGGCGAAACCAUUCGUGAUUUUGAAGAGCGUAGUAAAGCCAAAAUUUUGAUUGCUUCUGAUACUGGCGAUAACAGUAGUGAGCGAGUCAUUAAUCUCGUGGGUGAUGAUGCUGCUACUCAAAUGGCAAAAUCUAUGAUUGAAGAUGUUGUCUACAGCAACGGCCCAGGUGGAUAUGGUGGUGGAGGCGGAUACGGACAACAAGGAGGAUACGGACAGCAAGGAGGAUACGGACAGCAAGGAGGAUACGGCGGCUACAACCGUAUGGGCAGACCUGAUGAUGAACGUAUCUUUAUUACUGUGCCUUCAUCUGCUGUGGGUUUGAUUAUUGGCAGAGGCGGUGAAACUGUGAGAGCCAUGCAAGAUCAAUCAGGUGCUCGUGUCAAGAUUGAGCCCGCCAAUGAGCCCAAUACAGAAGAGCGUAUUGUCAAUAUCUUUGGUGAUCCUCAAUGCGUUGCUAUUGCUAAACAGCUAGUCGAAGAUAAGGUGGCAGAAGCUAAUCGUGGUCCCGGUGGACGAUAUGAUAGAUACAACAACGAUAGAGGAGGUUAUAGAUCUCGCAAUGAUUAUGGCAAUGAUUACAACCAGCAUGGCGGCGGAGAAGGUGGAUAUGAUUAUAAUCAACAAUACGGUCAAUAUUAUCAACAAUAUGGCUAUGCCGGAAAUGAAGGUUAUCAACAAUAUCCUGGUUAUCAGUACAACUAUCAGCAGCAAGAUCCCUCACAAACCGAAGGAGCCCCUCCACCUUCAUCAUCAGGCGAUAACAAUGACGAUUCCAAAGAUAACAAAGCUGAGGGUGGAAAUAGCACCUCUGCACAAGAUCAGCAACAGGCUUACUAUGCACAAUAUUAUGGUGGACAACAACCCACGAAAGAACAACAAGAAGCUUAUUAUCAAUGGUAUCAGCAAUAUUAUGGCCAACAACAACAACAACAACAACAACAACAACAACAACAGCCCUAUGGAGCAUAUGAUGCUUCUGCUUCUUCCGACCAACAGCAACAACAGCAACAACAACAGGCAUCUGCUGAAGAAGAAAAAGAGGAUGUAGAUGGAGAACCCCUUGAAGAUGAAAAAAAAGAUGAGGAUAAAUCAGAGAAACCACAAGAUGCUAGCAAAACCACUGUUAGCGAACAGUAA